GCCAGACACAUUUUUUAGCAGUAUUUAGUGUAUCCUUUUUCUUAUUUGUGUGGGCAGGAGAGAAAGGGAAUUUAAAGGUGGGAUGUCCUAGGAUUAAGCCGGGAUAAAAAUUUUGCUGCAUUUAUGCCGUCAACCAGACAUAGUGUAAAGUUUAUCCCAAGCUUAAUCAUGGGAUAUCCCAACUUAUCCCAUUCAACUUGGGGUUAUUUUAUCCCGUCUCCCAUGUGGAAUAAUAAUAUCGGACUAUAAUCGUAGGAUAAUUUUGUCCCCGUACCAAAUGAUAUCCUUUAAGAUCGUUUUAGAGGACUAGCUUGAAGCUAUCUCAUUUCCUCUUGUAAUCCCGAUGUAUGUUUGUAUGCAUAUUGGUCUUGUAGUAAAAAGAGAAGGUAGACAAGCUGAGAAACCUCUUUUUAUCGUUUGUUUCUCCAAGUAUGGGUGGUCUUCUCGUUUAUAGUUAAGCUUAUUAAGUGCAUAUGGUCUAGAUUCUAGUGCAUAGGGAAGAAGAAGAAAGGAGUCAUCAUAUUUACAAGGUAAUGACUUUUCCAAUGUGGAGAGUGUUUUGUGGGUUCAAUUUAAAUAGGAAAUAACCAGGUGUUUAGCCUUCUUAUAUUUUUUUCACAUUGGAAUGAAGUGUUUGACUGGCCUUUUAUACUGUAGAAUGAGAAAGUGCCUCAAUGUUUACUAGUGUAAAAUUAUGCAAUUUAGUCAGUUUGCUUGUGCUUCUGAGUUCAGUCAGGUAGAAGAGGUCGUCCUGUAAACCUGACUGAUUGUAACUUCUGGAAUUGUUUCACUCACGUAUUCUACAGCUGUAUUUUCAAAGUAAAGACACUCGUUUUUGCAUUAUCAGUUGUUUAGUUUUGAGAUUUCACACUUCUUUCACCGUAUUCAAUUAGACAAAAAUGCAAAGGAAAAAUGAUGAUAUUUCAUUCUUUCUUGUUUUCCGAAGGUUGCGGAUCAGGUCUAAGUGGGGAAACACUCACUGAGCAUGGACACCAGUGGCUUGGUUUGGAUAUAUUAGCGUCAAUGCUUGAUAUUGCAUUGGAGCUUGAGGUUGAGGGUGAUCUGAUUCUGGGUGACCUGGGUCAGGGUUUAGGGCUUCGACCUGGUAUUCUGGAUGGUGCGAUCAGUUUCUCAGCUGUGCAGUGGUUGUGCAAUGCUGACAAAUCUUGUCAUGAACCUCGGAUAAGAUUGAAGGCUUUCUUUAGUUCCUUGUAUAGAUGUUUGGGAAGGGGAGCAAGAGCAGUACUCCAGGUCUAUCCUGAAUAUCUUGCUCAGAGAGAGCUGAUUCUGGGUUUUGCCAUGCAAGCUGGAUUUUCUGGAGGCAUAGUUGUUGACUACCCACACAGUUCUCAAAGGAGGAAGGAAUAUUUAGUUCUUACUUGUGGUCCUCCGUCCCUCAGCACCACUACUCCAGCAGGAAAGCGUGAAGAUGGAGAGAGUUGUUCUGAUGAAGACAGUAGCGAGGAUGAAGAAAACCAGACAGUAAGUAAUUCAAGGGCACUGGACUAACUGCGUUGAAGCUAACCAGUGGCUGCGCGUGCUGAUCUUCAUCACUUAGGGAUGUUCUUACAAGGGAGGCAGGCUGAUGCACCCCAAGAGGCCCUCCAGGUUCUGGAUAUUGUUCUGCGUGAGUUGCCAACGAGUAGGUAUUGUCCCGUGGGCCGUUCUUUCUAUUCCCC